AUGGAUUGGUUGACAAAGUUGUUCACGGGAAAGGACUCGGCGAAAACAGAACAAAAAGCGCAAAGGCGGAUGAGCAAAGAACACAGUCGAAGGGUUCGUGCACAGGAGAAGGAGCUCCGACGUGGGAAGGAUAAUGGUACUGUCAAAAAGGCGAGCUUUUUCUGGGGAUCGUCAGGUCAGACAUACCAGAGUAAUGUUCGUGGUCCGGGUAAAGGAAUUUGA